GAAAGAGAUUGCGACUUUCCAAUAUUACAUUGAGGGUUCACCUUAUUUCAUUCUACUGCGCUCUGUGUGUAUCAACAUGGCGUACGGAUUUGCAUUGAUUUUCACGUUGGGUUUCCUCAUAUAAUUGUGAAGCAGUUCUAAUUCGGUGUGAAAGAAUUACUUCAUCUAGGCGUGUAGUUGCCUAUUAAGAAUCAUUCAGUGCUGUAAAUUUGUGGACUUAUUUAAAAAAAAAAUUCUUCGUUCACCUAAAUAUUUAACCGUGUGUUUUAUCAAUGCAAACGUCAGUAAAAAAAAAUGCUAGAAAGUCCAUGUCGCUUGUGCACUCAUAAUAUUCUUUCUCGGCAACAUCUAUAUAUUUUUUCAUGUAUCCUACAUCUUCAAGAAAAUAUAAUCUAAAAGAAUCGUCUGUUUGUGAAUUAGUAAAGUUUUAAUACAAAAGUGGGUGGAUUUCCGCGAAUGAAAAUUUUAUUCAAUUCUCUUCCAUCCUAAUGGCAUCAUAUAUGGGUCCUAUUUAAACUACCUACAAUAGUAUGAUGUUCAGUAUUGUAAUUGCAACAAAUUAAGUGAAUCCAAUUCGACGAGAAACAAUUGAGGGCAUAAAAUCGAAUUGAGUGGUUGGGUGGUAUCCUGAGCAAAAGUGCUAUGCCCAUUUUCAUGGAAUUCUCUCCCUGUGAGCAUUUAUGAUGUAAUACCCCAGCGAAUGUGGUGUCACAAAUACAUGUUAUGUGAUUGAAAAACUGAGAAGAUUAGCUGCAGUAGGAAUACGAAAAUAGAAAAAAAGUGUUUAACAAAGUGCUUGACUACGUAUGUGGAGGAAAAUUGUGGAAAAAUUAUGUACCUCACAAAGUUCCGCACAUUUUAUAGGCGGUAACCACCACAUUUGCAAUUUGGGAGAGAGAAACCCGACAAUACAAGUGUGUGUAUGUGAAUGGAAAAUAAUUUCUCACCGCAAGGAAAAAGAAGGAAACACGGAAAACCCGUAUAAUGUGUAAAAUAUGGAUCAUACACCAGCAUGAGUAUUUGAAAAUCAGCGAUUUUACAAAAGGCUCAUGAGACAAUUAUUAAUAAAUAAUGUCCAAAUCAUUGACGAGUCUGAUGAAAUAUUCGUAGCGCCAAAUGAAUUGAGCAUAAAAAAAGAGAUCAAUAAGUUUUUUUGUGGAUGAGUAAAAUAUUUGGAAAAAAAAUAUUUUUUUGAUAUAAGAAAAAUUGAAAGCUAAAAAAACAAGAAAAAAGAAAAUCUAAAUAACAGCAAUUUCCAUGCCGUUUGUUUUUCUUAAUAAGAAUAAAUCAUAACAUCAUCUUCCAACAUCUUCCACGAUAGUUGAUUUGGUUUUUUUUUGAAUUUGUGGAAAAUUUGCACAUAAAUAUUCCAUUCUCUUCCAAAAAAUAAAAGUAAAAUUUGUGAAAUUGAGUACGUCAGACACGAUGGAGUCAACAAGAACUGAAAUUGAACAGCACGAAGUGAAGCAUUUUUCUGCAAGUGGAUCCAAUCUCAAUGACUACGUCUCAAUUCCACAAUUCUACACAGACCGGAGUGUCUUCAUUACGGGUGGUACGGGAUUCAUGGGAAAGGUUCUUGUUGAAAAACUCUUGAGAUCAUGUCCAGGAAUCAAGAAUAUCUACCUGUUGAUCCGACCUAAACGUGGACAGGAAGUCAAAGCUCGACUCAAUGACCUGCUGGGUGCUCCUCUUUUUGACACACUACGACGGGAGCGUCCAAAUGAUCUCAACAAAGUAAUACCGAUUUAUGGAGAUAUUACAUUAGAAAAGCUUGGAAUAUCCGAAAAUGAUCAAGCUCUGCUUUGCCGAACGGUAUCAGUUGUCUUUCAUUCAGCAGCUACGGUCAAAUUUGAUGAGAAGCUCAAACUUUCCGUUGCUAUAAAUAUGCUGGGAACUAAAAGGCUAGUAGAGCUAUGCCACAGGAUGAUGUCUCUCGAUGCUUUGGUGCACGUAUCUACGGCUUACUGCAACUGUGAUCGUACCGAAGUGUCCGAAGUAAUCUACGCACCACCGUACAAUCCCAACGACAUCAUUUCCCUUGUUGAAUGGCUACCGGAAAAUAUGCUGGAUGACUUGACACCAUCCCUCAUUGGCAAGCGACCCAAUACUUACACAUUCACCAAAGCUCUCGCUGAACACAUGCUCCUGAAUGAAGCUGGUAACUUACCGGUGGCUAUUGUGAGACCCUCAAUUGUUCUUUCUAGCCUGAAUGAACCUCUACCAGGGUGGUUGGACAACUUAAAUGGACCAACUGGUAUUGUUUCGGCUGUUGGCAAAGGUGUCUUCAAGACAAUGAUGGGGAAUGAACAAAAUAUCGCUGAUCUGAUACCCGUAGAUAUUGUUAUAAAUCUUAUGAUAGCAACAGCAUGGAGAACGGCUACAAUUAAGCCAAGUAGUCCUACAAUAUACAAUUGCUGUACUGGAUUACAAAAGCCGAUACUAUGGGGUCAAUUUGUGUCGAAGAGCAUAGACUACAUGAGAAAACAUCCAAUGGAGGGAGUUUUUUGGUAUCCGACUGGGACGUUUCGCUUAAAUGCCCCUCUAAAUGCAACAUUAGCAUUCUUUUUACACAUUAUACCAGCUCAUUUCCUCGAUCUUUUCUCAAGAAUACUUGGAAAGAGACCUAUAAUGGUUAAAAUUCAGGGAAAGCUUUGCAAAGCCGUUGAAUGUCUAACAUACUUCACGACAAAUCAGUGGAGAUUUAAGGAUGACAAUGUGAGGGAACUUAUAACACAUUUGAGUCCAAAGGAUAGAGAUCUUUUUGAUUUCGACGUAACGCAUAUCUCCUGGGAACGUUACCUCGAAGGAUAUGUCUUAGGAUUCCGGGAGUAUUUAUUCAAACAAAGUGCUGACACUUUGCCAAGUUGCCGAAGGCAUAUGUGGAGAUUAUACUGGAUUGAUCAAAUAACAAAAUUACUAGCAAUAAUAUUUUUCUGGCGCUUCCUCAUGAAGAGGUCCAAGAAACUGCGAGACGUAUGGACUAAAUUCCUUCAUCUACUAAUUCAAAUGGCACGACUUAUUCCAUUUUUGUAAGUUUUAUUUAUUGAAAAUAAAUAUAGCCCCCUUUCCAUAUUUAUAUUUUAAAAUUAGCAUUAUAUAGAAAUUGAAUUAUUAUAAUGAAAAGAAAAUGAUGGAGUGCUUCUGUAUUAAACGUAAAAGAUACUGGACCAAGAAAUUGGGAGAGUAAAAUGUAAUUUCUAAAUAAUGCAGAAACUCUUGAACGUGAAAAGUCAACAUUAUGAAAUAAAUUCAUUCCUAACUAAAUGUGCAGCUCGUGCAAUUUAUUUGUUUGUUACAAUUUGAGGAUAACCCAUACCUCAUAGCAUUCCGCCCAAAUUUAAACCUAAGCCAAUUUAUGAAAUAUUUAAUGAAACAAUAAUAAAAUAUGUAUUAUCA